AAAAUCGAUUUUCUUUCUUGUAAUUAAUUAAAUUUUCAACUUGAUCAUCAAGCGAGUGACCCUGAGGCCGGAGGUUUAGGUGCCUACGCUGGCCUUAGCCGUUAUCUUUUGUCCUGAUAGCCGUUAUCUGCGACGCAUUGUGUUCAUCACAAACUUCCAAGAUUCAAAAAGUGUCCUCACAGUGAGGUUUUGUUGACGCAGUGAAGUGUUAGCUUAUGUAACUUGGUAUGUGAACAUGGUGAUUAUAUAUAGCUAUCCUAAGUGUUUCUUGAUGUGUGAACUUGGUGACUAUAAAUAGUAGUUCGUAGUGUACAAGUGUAUAGUGACUGGGAACACCUCCAAGCUGCGUCAUCGUACUCAUCCUCCGUAAUGGACGGCCAGUCAGUGCAGGCAAGCUCGAGGCCUGCCGGAGACCAUAUUGCAGAUGAAAUCUACGCAAUUUAUCGCAAUAUUGCUGGUGUGCUGCACGUUGCCCCCAAGGUCAUCCGAUUCGUUGUCAGCAAAGAAUGUGUCGACAAAAAAAGCAACGAGAGUUACAAAAAAUACAUAGAACGCUUAAAGGGCAAGGAAUUCAGUAAAACGGAAUGGAAACGUCAGUUUGGAAUGAUAUCGGAAGAUUUGAGCCACCCUGAUGAUUUAGACAUCACUGGGUUGUUCUGUCUGCUGGAGAAACUUUCUAGGUUACAUGAUGAAUGUUGGCGGAGCGUAAAGCCUGGAGAUAAAAAGUGUCCACUUGAAAAGCUUUCUCGCUCAGAUAAGAAUGGCCUUCCGAGGGAGUUAGAAAAAUUGCUCGACAAGUUGCGUAAGGUCAAGGAAUUGCGAAACAAAAUCAUGCACGAGUUCGAAGUAACAUUGGCCCCUCAAAAAUUCAGUGAUUUGAAGACUGCCUUGUUAGAGCUAAUUGAAGAAGCCGAAAGGGUCUAUUCACUGCCACAGUCUGAAGUUGAAGAUCAGAAAAAAAACGUACACGAUGACUUCGAAAGCCUGCAGACUCCGGACAAAAAAAGCAUUUAUCACUGGUGUACAAGAUUGGCUAUGUCAGGAAAACUGGCGGUGAAGAACCUUUGGAAAACCAAACUAACCGAAGAGACCCUCCCACUAGACAACAGCAUUGUGCAGCGUCCGGAAGUAUUUCAUUCUCUCGACGUGAUGGUGAGACGGUCAAGACGUGAUGGCCCUGACGGUCAUGUUCUUCCGUACCCCGACAUUUUCAAGGCUCCUGAGAAAGCAAUUAUAGUUUCCGGAGUUGCUGGUGCUGGCAAGACUACUCUUCUGAAAAACAUCGUGCUUCAAUUUUUCGAGCUCCAGGAAGGAAAUGCAGAUUACCUGCGUCAAUUUAACCAGCUCAUCCUGUUUGAGUGCAGGGAUCGUACCACUGAAUCACUGGCUGACGUCAUCGAGCAGCACUUCAAGGAUCUGUGUAGGGAAUUAGAGGGUAAACAAAACCUCCUUGAUGCCCUCUUUCUUCUACACGCCCUAUUUGUCAUCGAUGGGUACGACGAAGUAAACAAUGUUUCAACCAACGUAGUGAGUGAGAUCAUCAAGAAGACGUCAAGCAGCAACUGCCGGGUGUUGAUCACGACUCGUCCUCACAGUGCGAGAAAACUGGAAAUGCUUCUUACUACUAACGAUGUCAAUUCUACCGAAUUCGAGAUCAAGCCGCUCACUGAGCUGGCUGAGCAGCUGGAAUUUUUGACAAGGUAUGAAAAGAGUUUAGGCAUCAAACAAGGUGAGAUGACAGAAAGCUUCAAGACGCUGAAUAAAGAUGUCAGAAUUCUGUUCACCGAACCCAUCAACUUGAUUCUUUUCUGCGACAUGCAUAAACACAUGCCUGAGACCAUUUCGUCGUGGGAAAAGCCCGGGGACGUGGCGACUGAUAUUCUACGCUUGUAUAAGAAGCUUGUCACCUUAAAGCUUGCUGAUGUGACUCAUCUUGAAUGCGAAGUCAUGUUAGACGAUCUGUUUGUUGUCAUUGGUAAAGCAGCGCUGGAAUUUAUUCGUGAAAACGCUGUAACAUUCUCAGAAAAAGAACUGCUUCAGGUUAAACGCAAAUGCAUUCCAAUACUGAAAAACACGGUAGAGUGUAGCUCUGAAAUUAUCCUCUCGGUAGUGCUGAAAGUAAAUAGACCUCUUUCUGGAGCCGGGGAAACCACCUACACCUUCCAUCACAAAUCUAUUCAAGAAAUGUUUGCUGCUGAAUUUAUUGUGCAGCGCAUCCUAGAGGACAAGGACACCCUAAAGAGUAUCCUGGAUGCCGAACCUGAGGAAAUGAGCAGCGUGCGUGAAGUUCUGCAGUACGUGGUGCAGGGCCUCAGCCGCUGCAAGCCCCGCCUCUUGAAGAAACGCUGGCCAGAGCUGAAGAAGGCGCUGACUGAUGCCGGCGUCGUCUCUUUCGCCGACUGGCAGGAGUGUCUCCGCAUCUGCCCUGACGUUGAGCAGGUGGCCAAGCCUGCCGCUCUUAGCAAACUUAAAGAAAACAAGACGUGGCAUGUCGGAACAGGUCGUGAAGUAGCGCUGGUCGCUGCUAUGUUGCCGUACGCACAACCUGACCUCCUGGAGGUGAAGAUUAAACCUGACGACCCGAGCAAGAGGCGGUGGGCAGAACUUGUGAAGCGUCGCGUCGGACGCGUCCAUCUUGUGCUGCAGAACCCUGGCGGUGAUGAAUACAAGAGCAACGACGACAUCCUCCUGCCAAUGCUUGGCACAAA